AUGGUCACAUUCGUGGAAUCCUUGAUUAUUCUUACUGACAACGGCUCUUCUGCGGAAAUGUUGGGUAUGAUGGGGCUGCAGCCAUCAACCGGCUCCACCAUCCAGCCGCCCAUAACCCCAAUGCACCCAAGUACGCUACCAAUAAUGUCAGUCCACAAUGCCCACGUCUUCUCCCAUGUGCUGGGGCCUGCAGUCAGGUAG